AUGACGGUGGGUGCGCGGCUGGGCGCCAAGGUGAGGGGCAGGUUCUCCCGCCGCGGGCCCGGCGACGACCAGGUCUCCAUCCUGCCCGGCGAGGAGGAGGAGGCGGCGGCGGCGGGCAGCGCGGGGGCCCCGCGGCCGGCCGUGCUGCAGCAGCAGGAGGAGGAGGAGGAGGAGGGUGCCGGGGGCAAGAAGGUGCGCUUCGCCGUCCUGCCCGGCCCCUACGAGCCGCUGCGGCCGCCGCGGGCCCCCGGCAAGCGGCCCUAUGGCAAGCGCCUGAAGAAGUACGGAAAGAAUGUCGGGAAGGUUCUGCAGAAGGGUUGUCACUACUUGGUGGUCGGCCUGCAAGGAUUAGCAGCAGCCUAUUCUGCUCCCUUUGGAGUGUCAGCACACGUGGCGUCCUUCGUCCGCUAACGCAGCUCCCUGUGCCCCACGGGAGAGGACACGAGGCCAUUGCUGCUUUCUCAGGAUUAAAUUUGAGACCUGGAUCUGAAAAACCUCCUGGACCAACAGCCCUGAGCCCCUGUGCCAGGCCCUUUCCAAGACUGAGUCCUCUUCUCUGAAAAAAAAUUCCAGUGCUUUGUAAAAUCAGAUCGGGUCAAAGAAGCAAAAGGAUGAGAAAAUAAUCUUUGAUUAAUUGAAGUUGGUUUUCGGGCAUGAGUUGGUUUUCCAGAGCUUCGUGCUGUGUGGAAGGGAGCCAAGGAUGGAUGGAAAAGCAAGUUGAUGAGGGAGAGAGAAAUGAAGGAAAACAGAGGAUAGGAGAGCAGCUGGGGAGGUAGAGAUGAGUUUGGGUAGUGAGAGGAAUUGUCAAAGCAGUGGAGGAAGCAAACAGCAGAGGAUUAGGAAAAGACAGUCUCUGUUUCUCUGGGAUUCUGAGUUUGGUGGUGUUAUUUUACCUGAUAGGGUUAAGAUUAUGAGUGUACUUAAAAAUAUACUUGGACAUAAAUGGAAUGUGGCCUGAGACAUGGAGAGCUUCGCUGCAUCAUGGUUGUUCAUUUCAAACACUGGACAUAAUGAGCCUUUAAAUAAUCAUGAGAAAGAUGUAAAAAUCCAAAAAGAAAAUGAGGUGUGUGUUUGUGAUUUUGCGGCACUGAAGGCUCACUAUGAUUAACAUUUUAAAGUUUUCCUCUGCAACUAUGAAAUCUGUAUACAUUUUUUUACUUAGAAUGGAUAUAGCUGAUUCUGGAAGCUGGGGCAUUUUAUGCCUAAUUAUGUGGUGUUCACCAGGGGAAAAACAAUUGAUUGCCAGCUGCAUCUGAGAAAAAAAAAUAUACACGCAGCUUUUGGUAUAAGAAAGUACAAAUAUGACCUAUGAGAACUGGGCCAAAUAACCUGCAAGCUCCAUCUUAAUUUCUGCACCUGGAAGCUGUAAGCAGAGGAUGUCAAUAUCAAAUAGCUCAGAGGUGCAGAUGCAGCAGCUUCCAUGUCACAUCUCCAGGGACAUAAAUCAUAUAUUGAUGACACAAGAACAAGGUGGUUUAUGGGCGUUAAAAAUUUUGUGGAGUUUGUUGGUUUGUUUCUGUCAGUCUUUUGUGGUAGUGGUAAAUGACUUUCCUGCUAGCACUUUUUCUGUAUUAUAUACCCAUCUAGUUUUGAUGGUGUUUUUGUAAUCAAGGAGUUGACUUAACGGGAAAAAAAUGCUGUUCACUUGCUUUCUUUGCCUUUUCUGAACAAAGGGGUUUGUAUGUCUUGGCAAACCACACUGUAUUUUCUUUUAAAUGUAGCAAAUGAAUCAGAUGGGGGGGUGGGGCGGGGUGUUACUCUCUUUUCUAACUGGACUGUAAAUAAAAGCCACGAGAUCCA